AACAUUUUGUAUGCUUACAUUAUCAACCAAGCGAGACAGAGACUGCGAGAGAGUAGAAGUCCGGCACAAAGAUUUAGGACACAACAAUUAUAUAUGAAAAACCUACUUUAAGUCUUUAACCUCUCAUCUUUUGCUUAAUCUCAACGUUUUUUACCGAUACUUUUCUCCCUAAUUCUUUCUUCUAAUCACACUCUCAAUUCUCAAAUCACAUUUCCGCGCUGAUUAUCGAGGAGAGAGAAAAUAAAGCAGAGAUUUCUCUGCUCUGAAUAUCAUGGAGGACGCAUAUGCCAGAUCUGCUACUGAGGUGUUGGACUUUUUUGCUGUCGAUCCAGCAAAAGGUCUUAGUGAUUCUCAGGUAGCUGACCAUGGAAGGAUUUAUGGCAGAAACGUACUUCCACAAGAAAAGAGUACUCCUUUCUGGAAGCUGGUCAUAAAGCAAUUCGAUGAUUUGCUUGUGAAGAUAUUGAUUGUGGCUGCCCUUGUUUCAUUUGUUUUGGCUUUAAUUAAUGGAGAUACUGGCUUAACUGCAUUUCUAGAACCUUCAGUUAUUCUCAUGAUAUUGGCUGCAAAUGCUGCAGUAGGUGUAAUUACAGAAACAAAUGCUGAAAAAGCAAUUGAGGAGCUAAGAGCCUAUCAAGCAGAUGUUGCGACUGUUCUAAGAAACGGUUGUUUCUCGAUAGUACCUGCCACAGAUCUUGUUCCAGGGGAUGUUGUAGAAGUCACUGUGGGCUGUAAAGUUCCAGCAGACUUGCGGAUGAUUGAAUUGUUAAGUGAUCAUUUACGAGUUGAUCAAGCCAUUCUUACUGGUGAGAGUUCCUCAGUAGAGAAAGAAGUUGAUUCUACUUCAGCUGUGAAUGCCGUCUAUCAAGACAAAACGAAUAUUCUCUUCUCGGGUACAGUUGUAGUUGCUGGUCGUGGAAGAGCGGUUGUGAUUGGCGUUGGCUCUAAUACUGCUAUGGGCAGCAUACGCGAUUCAAUGUUGAGGACAGAUGAUGAGGCGACACCGUUGAAACGGAAGCUGGAUGAGUUUGGUACAUUCUUGGCCAAGGUUAUUGCUGGUAUCUGUGUGCUGGUAUGGGUUGUUAAUAUUGGUCAUUUCCGUGAUCCUUCUCAUGGCGGCUUCUUGCAAGGUGCUAUCCAUUAUUUCAAGAUUGCAGUUGCUCUGGCUGUUGCGGCUAUUCCAGAGGGGCUUCCAGCUGUUGUUACAACGUGUUUGGCUCUUGGUACGAAACGAAUGGCCAGGUUAAAUGCGAUUGUAAGGUCUUUACCAUCAGUAGAGACACUAGGCUGCACGACUGUGAUUUGCAGUGACAAGACUGGUACUCUGACAACUAAUAUGAUGUCUGCCUCUAAGAUAUGUGUGCUCCAUUCUGUGCGCCAUAAUCCUAUUACAUCACAAUACGGAGUCAGUGGGACAACAUAUGCUCCUGAAGGAACUAUUUUUGACAACGAAGGAGAGCGGCUUGACAUUCCGUCACAGAAACCCUGUCUUCUUCACAUUGCCAUGUGUUCAGCCCUCUGCAAUGAGUCUUCAUUGCAGUACAAUCCUGAUAAAGGAUCCUAUGAAAAAAUUGGAGAGUCAACAGAAGUCGCACUUCGUGUAUUGGCUGAAAAGAUUGGAAUUCCUGGCUUCGAUUCUAUGCCAUCUGCUCUGAAUAUGCUAAGCAAGCACGAUCGUGCCUCCUAUUGUAAUCGGUAUUGGGAGACUCAAUUUAAGAAGGUCUCUGCGCUAGAAUUUUCUCGUGAUCGCAAGAUGAUGAGUGUGCUUUGCACUCGGAAACAGUCUACAACAAUGUUUUCAAAAGGUGCCCCAGAGAGCAUAAUUUCAAGAUGCACAAGUAUUCUCUGCAAUGAUGACGGUUCUAUCAUUCCAUUGACUUCCGAGAUUCGACUUGAGUUGGAGGCAAAGUUUAAUAGUUUUGCAGGAAAAGAGACCUUGAGAUGCCUGGCUGUGGCCCUUAAACGUUUACCCAUGGAUCAACAUGUUCUGUCUUUUGAUGAUGAGAAAGACCUGACAUUUAUUGGGUUGGUGGGGAUGCUUGAUCCACCACGAGAAGAAGUACGAAAUGCCAUAUUGUCAUGCAUGACUGCAGGAAUACGUGUUAUAGUUGUGACAGGGGACAACAAGGCAACUGCAGAAUCAUUAUGCCGUAAGAUAGGUGCUUUCGAUCACCUGGGAGAUUUUGUUGGGCACUCUUUUACUGCAUCUGAAUUUGAAGAACUUCCAGCUUUGCAGAAAACAAUAGCAUUGCAACGUAUGGCUCUGUUUACAAGGGUUGAGCCAUCUCACAAGAGAAUGCUGGUUGAAGCCUUACAGAAUCAAAAUGAAGUGGUUGCGAUGACUGGUGAUGGGGUCAAUGAUGCUCCUGCCUUGAAGAAAGCGGAUAUAGGGAUUGCGAUGGGAUCUGGAACAGCUGUUGCUAAGAGUGCUUCUGACAUGGUUUUGGCUGAUGACAAUUUUGCCACAAUUAUCGCGGCUGUCGCAGAGGGGAGGGCUAUAUAUAACAACACCAAGCAGUUCAUCAGAUACAUGAUCUCUUCAAAUAUUGGUGAAGUAGUUUGUAUUUUUGUAGCAGCCGUACUUGGUAUUCCUGACACUCUUGUGCCUGUUCAACUACUUUGGGUUAAUUUGGUUACUGAUGGGUUACCUGCAACUGCUAUUGGUUUCAAUAAACAAGACUCAGAUGUUAUGAAGGCCAAACCACGUAAGGUCGGGGAAGCAGUUGUUACUGGCUGGUUAUUUUUUCGCUAUGUAGUUAUUGGAGCUUAUGUUGGCCUUGCCACUGUUGCGGGGUUCAUAUGGUGGUUUGUUUAUGCUGAUACUGGACCCAGGCUUCCGUACAGUGAAUUGAUGAACUUUGACACCUGUCAUAUGAGGCAGACAAGUUAUCCAUGUAGUAUAUUUGAAGAUCGGCACCCAUCUACUGUUUCAAUGACAGUACUUGUUGUGGUAGAGAUGUUCAAUGCCUUGAAUAACCUCAGUGAAAAUCAAUCUCUUGCUGUUAUACCUCCCUGGAGUAACUUAUGGCUAGUUGGUUCUAUCAUUUUGACAAUGCUUCUUCACAUUGUGAUCUUGUAUAUUCAGCCACUAUCGAUUUUAUUCUCUGUGACACCGUUGUCUUGGGAAGAAUGGAAAGUUGUUCUUUAUCUAUCAUUUCCGGUAAUUAUGAUUGAUGAACUGCUCAAGUUCUUUUCCAGAAAUUCAAGAGGUAUAAGGUUGAAGUUGAAGUUCUGGAAAACCGAUUUACUUCCCAAAAGAGAACUGCGCGACAAGUAAUUGAUGUUCUGUGUGAGUCCAAGCAUCAUUUUUUUACUGCUGCGCUAUGUCUGGUAUCUGGCCUAUGACUCUCGUAUGGCACCUUUCAGUUUAUACCCCUUUCAACACCUCCGUGCAUUUACAAUAUGGAAAAGGGAUUAUACAACCUAUGAGGAUCAAACGUGGCCGAUAUUUUUGCACCAAGCUGUCAGAUUUAGACAUGAAAGCCAUGAUCAUCUGUUACAGAUUUUUGAACACUGAUUACGUUGUAGAUUUUUUCUUUUUGUGCAUAUUGAGGCACGAUCAAACAGAAUUUUGACAUCGGAGCUUGUAUCUUGUUCUUGUAAAGUCUGCAGCAUAGGUGCUCAAAACUUGUGCUAAAUGUCUUGAUUUGAGUACUCGAAACAUAGUUUACAUUACACACAAAGGAUAUUAGGAUGUGUGCCACAGAAUCAAAUUGUUUGCACUCAAUACAUAGUUUACAUUACAUACAAAGGAAAUCAGGAUGUCUGUCACAGAAAUUCAAAUGGUGUGCUUUACAUCUUGCUUUAUAAAGCAAGUUAUAAAUCUAA